UCUAUAAUUCCAUUUCGUAGUCUAUAGUUUCGUGGUUGGAAAUGAAAGAUAGCCAUUUGUCUAAUAACCAAACAUUAAAAUAUUUUAAAGUUUAACUCUUAAACAGUGCUAAAUAUAAUCAAGACGCACUCACUAUAAUAUUAUAUGUUGCAGUUAUGGCCGAGAUAAUAAAAUAACAGAAGAUGGAUGGCGAUGGAGACUUCCUCCACUGGGAGGAAGUGGAAGUGAAACAAAGCCCUCCACACCAGGUAGUUGAGGGAGAACAAAUGUGUGGCCUUGAUAAUGUGCAAUCUGCAAGCUAUUCUAAUAUGACUUCAGAAGAAAUGAUAGCGAGUAUGGAUCAAACAGCAGCUGAGAACUUAAUGUACUUAUCUCAGGAUGUUGUAAGCUAUACAGAAACAGCGGAACUUGCUGAGGAUCCAAAUGUGGAGUGUGUCACUGAAGAAGUGAUUACUGAUGACUGGGUUAUAUCAGGAGGACAGGAAAGGGUGGAGGUACCUUUAGAGCAUUUAGCAAAUCCAGUAUUAGAUGUAAAAGAAGAAAAUGAUAUUGAUGUACCCCUUCCAACUGAUCAGGACGAGUACACGGCGAUGCGACCGUGGCCGUGCGACUUCUGCUCCCGGCGGUUUCGCAAGAAAGCGGCGCUCAUGAACCACAUGGUCGCGCAUCAGAACGACCGGCCGCACGCUUGCAACCUCUGCGGCGUGCGAUAUGUUAGGAAGUGCGACCUCAUGAACCACCUCAAGGUCCAUGCCUUCGUACCUGACGAUCAUGAUCAGGACUCCCUCCACUAUGAUGAUUUAUUAGAUAGUGAUCAAAUUGUCAAACCAAAGAAGAAGAGAGGUAGACGGAAAAAGAAUCCAGAACCAGUAGAGAAUGGCAUGUGGGAGAACAUGACGUCCGCGCGAACGCAGCAGUGGUCGCGGCGCGCGCGAUCGCCAGCGGCGCGGCCAAGGUCGCCGCCGCCGUCGUCGCCCCCCGCGCCGCCUACGCCGCCGCCGCCGCCUUCCCCACCGCCGCCUCCCUCCGACCCCUCGCGCCCUUUCGUCUGUCGCCACUGCGGUGUCGGCUUCGCCAGAGAAAAAGCCCUUCAGUCGCAUGCUCGGGUGCACGGCGGCGACUCGCCGGUGGAGUGCGGGUCGUGCGGCGAGCUGUGCUGGUCGCGCGAGGCGCUGGCGGCGCACGCGGCGCAGCGCCACCCGCACCUGCCGCGCGCGCGGCCCGCGCCCGACCCCGACCCAGACCCCGCCUACGACGACCACGACUCCGAUGACGAUAUGGAUUUCCAACUAUCGCCCCCGCUGGCUAGCAGCGCGGAGCGGCCGACAUACGACACGGUCCGUGGACCGGAGCUGUUUUGCCAGGAUUGCGGGGUGGCCUUCCAGCGCGCGGACCUGCUGCGACGACACGUCGCUGCUGCCCACAGCUACAAGCGGCACGACAGCUCGAGCAGUACGUGGGCGGAGCACACGUGCGACGUGUGCGGGGAGAGCUGCACGGACGCGCUGCAGCUGCUGGCGCACGCCGAGCGACACGCCGAGCGGCCGCGCGCCUCGCACGCCGCCUCCAGAUUAAAAAAGAUGAAUCGUGGUAGAAAUAAUACGUCGACAUCCAAUAAUUCAAGACAGUUUCCCUGUAGAGAGUGUGGAAAAGUGUUCGGAUCGCGAAGUUCACAACAAAUCCACGUACGGAUCCACACUGGCGAGCGGCCAUACGCAUGUAGAUUUUGCUGGAAGGCAUUUGCGGACGGCGGUACCCUUCGCAAACACGAAAGAAUACAUACAGGCGAGAAGCCGUACGCAUGCGCCGUGUGUCCGCGCGCGUUCAACCAGCGCGUGGUGUUGCUCUGCGCUAGUACGGCGCCCGACCGCCGCGCUAACGGUGGACCUGCAUAUUGCUGUGUGGUAUGUGAAAAAACACUACAUUCCAGUGCAGAACUAGUCCAGCAUUUAAUACAGCAUUGUGAUGCUAACACAGCUCUUAAAAGGCAACCUCAGUUUGGUCCGCGUAAAUACAAACGUCGACGGAAAGUGAAAACGGAAUCGCCGGCGCGGCGAUCGUGGGGCCGCGCGUCACGCUCAGCGAGCGGCUCGCCGUCCCCCGCGGCCGCGUCGCCGCCCCCGCCCGCCUCGCCCUCCCCGCCGCGCCGCACCCCCUCUCCCGCCGCCUCCACAGCCUCGCCGCCGCUCGCCGCGCGCCGCCGCCGCCGCCGCCGGCAACCAGAACCGCCGCCGCGCCCGCGUAUGAUACACACGGAGGAACCGCGCCCUAGGACUAAGCAGAUUCGAACGAGGCGGCCUCCACGACACCCCGCGGACGACUUGCGAGCCAUUCGGCCCCAGUCUCCCCCCCGCAGCACGCCAUCCCCUCCCACUCCGCCUUCACCGACGGUGGAGGAGCCGGAGCCGGGUGGUCCGUACAAAUGCGAGAUGUGCUCUUUAGAGUUCCCUCGGCGGGACGCCUUGCUGCUACAUGUGCCGAUACACAUAUGACGAUCGUCACGACGUCGCCGCUAGCCCCAUGUAGAAGCGGCAACGGCUCGAUAGAAUAUCAACAAAUCGUUCUGCUCCUCAGUAACGAUAUGUGAUGAUCUGUCAGUGAAAAAUAUGGUCAGACAUCAUUCUUAAAACAUUAUCAAAGCUUAGCUGUGGUUGUUAAUCCGUCUGACAAGCGAGGCAAUUACUAGUAAAACCCCCUCCUUAUGGGGAGGCCCAGUGGACAGUUAACGACUGAUAUGAUGAUAUUCAUUUUCAGUAAUGCUUGGGUUACUGCACUCUGAAUGUCUAUAUAUAUUCUGUUUAUUUAUCCUUACCGUGUUUAGUAAAAUGAUGAUAUAUUUUUUUUUCUAAUUAAUAAUUUAAAAAUGAAAUAGUAGUAGUACACGAUCAAUGUAAC